AUGCCAUUCUCUUCAAUUGGUGAGCUGAAUUCCGAAGCCCUCCCCGGACGUUCGCAAGGUUCGUGGAUUUUGCUAAUUCAUUCCUUAGAGGUCCGAAAGAUGAUCAGCAAGCAGUUGUCAAGCGUGUUCUUGUUGCUUAUUGCAACUUUGAUUGGAUUAUUCAGCUGCAUGUCCUCAAAUCCAGAUGGCUUCAUUAACAUCAACUGUGGCGCGCUUGACAACGUAACGGACAAGAAUGGCCUAUUCUGGAUUUCCGAUUCACCUUUCACUAAGACUCGCAAUGUUUUCGUGUUGCAGUCCACAGAUAUCAUACAUAAGUUGCAAUUGUUGACAUUAUCCUAUUUUGAAAAUCUUGCAGCCAAGAAAUAUUGUUAUCUAAUCCCUGUCAAACGCGGUUUACAUUACUUGGUUAGAGCAAGUUACUAUCGUCGUUCCACUUCCUUUUUGGCAACAUUCUUCGAUAUAAUUAUCGACGGAUUCAAGUGGAGGAAUGUUGACCUAUCUUAUAUAGACAAUACGAUGUACAGAUAUGAUGAGAUCAUCGUGGCCGUCAAAAGUGAAAGUCUGAGUUUAUGCCUGGCGCGAAAUUCUCAAACAGAAGCACAGCGAUAUGUUUUCAUUUCAAGCAUUGAGCUCCGCCCGCUCGAAUCUUCUAUGUAUAAUUCAACGGAUUUUCAUAAGCAAGCCUUGGUGUUGUACGGGCCUCGUACAAGUUUUGGUGUACAUAAGGAUAUGGAGUACCCAGACGAUCCAUUUGACCGCAUGUGGAGUAAUUAUUCGGCAUCGUCAAUGAGAGACAACAACACUGUUGAUGUUGCCCCUGUGAACAAUAGCCCACAAUCCUCCGGAAGCGAGUUUUCCAACAAACCGCCUGGGAUCAUAUUUAGUUCUGCUAUUGCAAAGACAGUAGUUGACAAUUUGAUAAUUCCAUUUCCAUAUAUUGUAGAGGGAUCGUACUAUUUUGCACUUUAUUUCUGCAUGGUGAACCAGACAAAGCUCACUCAGGAAUUCGCUCCCUACAUUAACGAUUACGAAAUAGAUUUUCUACAGUUUGAGUUUCCACAAUGUAUCCAAGUAAAUAAAAUUAUACAGCUUCCCGCAUUAAAUUAUGUAAACUUAUCUUUAAAACCCAGUAGUGCAUCACAGUUGGGACCAUUCAUAAAUGCAGCAGAAAUAUACAGUGUUCUAGAUGUACCGACAACCACACAAUCCGGAGAUGUGUUUGCGAUUAGAAAAAUAGCAGAGGCGAUAAAUGUUCCAGACGACUGGACAGGAGGAGAUCCGUGUUUACCAGCUGAUUAUUCAUCAACAGGGAUUACUUGCAGCCAAGACGAUCCUCCGCGAGUCAUUAUCAUGAAUCUAACAAACAUGAAUCUGGAGGGCGCCAUGCCUAUAAACAUAGGUGACUUAACCGCAUUAAGAGAGUUGUUGCUAGGAAACAAUAGCUUGUCAGGCCAGAUUCCGGACCUUAGUUCUCUGAAGAAUCUUACAAUACUGCAACUACAAAACAAUAAACUUACCGGAGAAAUUCCGAGGUCAUUGGAGAAGCUUCAAAUGUUAAGUCAACUAUUUCUGCAGGGAAAUAAAUUGGAGGGUUCAGUUUCCCAGGGAUUAGUGAGACCCAACUUAGACCUUCGAGUUGAUCCCCAAAAUAAUGUUACCCCAGAUAACCAGAAAAUUAAAAGCUGGGUGAUCGCACUGUUGAUUAUGUGUCCGGUGGUGUUAAUUGUCUGUUUUCUCUCUGCAAUCUUUCUUUGGAGGCUUAAACACCCAUCGGAACCACAGUCUACCACAGAUGGUUCAAUUCAGUAUCAACAACAGUCAUCCGCAGAUGAAGACAAUCCAAAUGAUAUUCACCGGUUGGCUAUGGAAUACACAGAGAAAGACAUUGAAAUUGCUGCGAACAACUAUUCCACACUCAUUGGUAGGGGCUCUUUUGGAUCUGUAUUUUAUGGUAUAGUUUUGGGAUGUGAGGUUGCAAUCAAAAUACUUGAGACUGAUUCUAAUCGAGGAGAAUCAGAAUUCCAAAACGAGAUAGUAUUACUGUCAAGAAUAUAUCACAAGAAUCUUGUAAACCUUAUUGGGUAUUGUAGACAAUCCAUAAGGGCGUUGAUAUAUGAAUACAUGCAUUCCGGAACAUUGAAGGAUCAUCUACAUGCUGUUGGCAAAUUGGAGAAACCUCUUGAUUGGCAUACCAGACUUAACAUUGCAUUACAAGCCGGAGCGGGCUUGCUUUACCUGCAUCAGAGUUGUAGUCCUCCAAUCGUACACAAAGAUAUCAAGAGCAGUAAUAUACUGUUGGAUAAGAGAAUGUUUGCCAAGGUAGCUGACUUUGGUCUCUCUAAACUGAUAGAGAAUUUCGAGGGCAAUUCAACCGUCCAAGUCAACGGCACCAUUGGUUAUCUUGAUCCUGAAUACUUUACUACAUUCUCAUUAAAUGAGAAAAGCGAUGUCUAUAGUUUUGGAGUGGUUCUAUUGGAGAUUAUUUCUGGAGUAUCACCCAAAGACGGAAUAGUAGAAACGGCACAAACACUUCUUGCGUCCGGCAAAAUAGCAGACCUUGUGGAUUCUUCAUUAGGUGACCGUUAUAAUGUAGAAUCAGCUUGGAAAGUUGCAGAGAUUGCAUAUAAAUGCUUGGAGAAAGAGUCGAAGAAGAGACCCAAAAUGAAUAUGGUUGUGAGAGAACUGGAAGAAGCAGUCGCACUUGCAUGUGACGAUAAUAAUCGUUCUGACUUGGUUGCUAUGGCCUCACAUGAUACCCGAGACAUGCUCAGUCUUAGGUAG